GUGUCUAUAUCCUGCUCAUCGUCUUCGACAUCAUUUUGCUUCGGCAGGCCUUCUAGGGCCUCCAGCUUGGCGGGCACGGUCAUGACCGAGAUGUUGACGCGCAACUUCAUCGACGCUUGCGUAGCAUCCGCGAACAAGCUCAAAGACGGAAAUAAGCAGCUCGGCACUUUUCUGUCGGUCCGCAAAGAGGGAGGGUAUCGCAUCAAGCUCACCUUGGCUAAUUUGGCCUCCUCUGAUGACCACAGGCCUACGCAGACCCCUUACCUACAUGCCUAGGAAAUUGCCAGGAGCCAUCGAGCCAAUGGCGCUCGUCAGCUGCACGUUCGCGGCUCAAGGAGUCGAACCUCCUG